GUGAUGAACAGGUACUGGCCUUUGGAAACUCUGUAGGCGUGUUUUUGUCAGACAGGUGGAGGUGAGCAGGGUGUAGCCUUUCUGACGCAGGUGUGUCGGUGGAUGUGUUGUUUUCUGUCUCCUCGAACAACCAGGCAACCAUUAACCUUCACAGGUCAGAAUCCAAAGACAAGAAUCAUGGUGGUGAAGAUAAAAGUCGAAUACUGCGGCGGAUGAGGGUACGAGCCUCGCUUUCAGGAGCUGAAGCGAGGCAUCUGCGCCAAGUUUCCUGAUGCCGAGGUGUCAGGCUUCGUGGGCCGGAGAGGAAGUUUUGAAGUACAGAUCGAUGAACAUCUGGUCUUCUCAAAAUUAGAAACAGGAGGUUUCCCUUAUGAAGAGGAUAUUAUGGAGGCCAUUGCUAAGGCUAAGGAUGGAAAGCCUGAAAAGAUCACCAGAAACCGUAAAGAGUGCAUCAUCCUCUAAUGCUUUGACCUCUGAUGCCCAUUACCAUCUCCUCUGUUCGAUCCACACAGAUCGCAGAAAAUGGCUUUAUUUUUUUUGAAGCUCUUCACUCGUCUCCUUUAUCACUCUAGCUUUUUGGACGUAAAUGAUUGCCGUAGCUCAAAGUUCAAAAGUUAUGGUAUGAAGCUUUAGUCCAGAAAACUCUGAACCCGUAGUAAUAAAGAAGAGAGUGAAGAGUACUUUUUUUGUUUUUUCGUUUUAUUUAAUGGUCAGUUUUUCUGACAGAAUAAUCAGUUUAUUCAAGAGAUAUGAGACCUGGUCUUAUUCUGAUACCUAAAACUUAAACUUAUUGAGUAGGAUUUCAAAGAUAAAGUUAUAGAAUGAUUUUUAGUGGGAAAAAAAGACACAGAUAUUGGUAGGGUAAUUGGUAAAUAACUGGUAAAAUUACUUCAUUUAAAAAAGUACCAAAACUGUUGAUUUAACUAACUUGAAGAUAAUUGACAAUUGUGGUCCAUGUAAUGUAAAAAAAUCACUCAAUAAACAGUGUCUAAAAAUA